CAUUGAUAAGAGGAAAAUAAAACUACUUAAUCAAAUUUCAUACACAAUGGCAAAAACUAUUGCUUUUCUUGUUUUGGUUCUCCUUGUUGCCGCGAUUUUGAAUGGCUAUAGUGUUGAGGGUGCGGGUAGAGGCAAUCAACUGGAGAAAGACGGACCAGUUUACGAAUCUCAAAAGGCAACUCCACCAUUGUGGAUGCAAAGUUUUUCGUUGUGGAAUAACAUUUGUUUUCGUUGUGAAAUUGAUCCCGCCGGUUGUCCUGGUGACUACUUUAAGUUGUGGUGUCCUCCUAACAAAGAUCAGCUCCAAACCACUGCAACUAAAACUGAUAAUCCUAAAGCCGAAAACCUUCCAUGAUUCAGAGAAAUUGUGGCAUGGUUUGUGUUUUUGAUUUUAUAUCUUAUAUAUGUAUCCUUUAAUAUGUGUGUGAAAGUAUUAUAUGAUAUAAAAAUUACUAUAUAGCUAAAUAAACUAAUCAGCCUUUACUGGGUCUGGUUGUGCCUUUGCUAGAUAUAGCUAGCUUCUUGGGUAUGUUCACUCAAGGAUUAUAUAUUAUUGUG